AUGGAGCUAAUAGUGGAAUUAGUUGCGAAACCAGACCUGGCGCUCACGUGUGAUGACGGGGUUGAUGACGCGGUUGAGUACCCAAAGACUUGGGCGGUCACCUGCACAGAUGAAGUGGGCGGGCCUCCCCGGUUGAAGAGACAUGACAGGAACCUAUCCCCGCCAGACCAGUCAGUGCUACUGACGCAGCAAGUGGAGGUCAAUUAUGGGAGACGUAUGGUGAGCUUCAGUGAAUUGAACGAUUUUAGCACAGCUACGCUAGUUCCGUCGAGCUCAGGGAGAAGACGGUCAGUGGAGCAGGUCUUAAUCGGGAAUAAAACCUAUCUGGUAAGGCUGAAGACGAUGAGCGUUUCAAUGGUCAAGGACGGUCCGCACUCGGUCAUUUGUUUACGCCACGAUAGUGGAUUAGGGAUUGCCGGGGAGCAGACUUGUCGAGGUCGGACAUGGGGCAGAGAAGACGAAUUAGUCUCGGCGUUCAUGGCGUUGCAGAUUAGUGCGGCCAAUUACGAUACCGCCUGGGAACUCUUCGGAAGUUGGAGCCGGGGACCGGAGCAGGGUUUCACGACUAAAGUCCAAUGGAUUUCGGCCACCCUUGGAGAUCGAAGUGGACGAUUCGCCGCUGAUACUAAAUCGGUGGCCACUGUCAACCUCUACUUUUUCUCCGGAAUAGCCCUGUUGGCACUGUCUCUAGCAGCGGGGGCUGUAGUGUGGUUCUUGAGCAUACAGAAAUCGUCGAGGGAGGCAGUACCGGUGCAAAUGACUAUUGAGUUAAGCCGGAGAGUGCUGGCCAUGUCUGCAGUGACAAAGUACAAUUGUUCUAUGAUGCCCUUAGACUCCCCUGUCACGAUGAUCGCUCGGCGCAAUGAUGUGUCAUGCCACCUGGAAACGACCUACUUAGACGAUAUGGAGCCUGUGUCAUCAAGCAUAAUGGCAGAUGAAGCGCUAGUGCUACUGGGGGGGAAGAAUCGAACGGAACUCACAGCGCCGCCCGAUACGAGUCGGAAACAGCUGGGCCGCAAAGGAAGAUUUCAAAAUCAGAUCGGACGCAGAGAACCACCCGGGUCACAGAGGGAACGGGUCGAACUGAGAGUAGCAAGGCUGGGGAAAUGCGACCGUACGCCAUAUGGAAGGACCGACCGAUGGAAGGACGUAAGUGAAGUCAAGACUAUGUCGACGGUACGUCUAGUCGCGCUGGCCCGGCUUGAAAGGAUUCAGUUCGAAGUCAACUGAGCCGCCGUUAUCGAUGAUAUCUCAAAGUACUUGCGCCGUGAGUAUGACCCGAGUGCUUACCAAAGGGAAGCCAAGAUCGUAACGCUCUGCGGGAAAGGCGUCCGAAUUGGUGCUGACUUGUUGGCGAUGGCCCCGGAUAUCGGGCUGGCGGUUCGCGUCAGCUACUGGGCGGCUGUCGGAGCUCUGACUCCCGCGGAACUGACUGAAGUAUAUCAGGAGACUCGGUCGAUGAACGCGACCACAGAGAAGAGUGACGUGCACGGAGGCGUUCCAGAUCGGUCGGAGAACGACACGGUGUCGGCCGUACAAGUGAGCAUGGAGUGUGAGUUGACAAUUGGUGACUGCACAGUAACUGUCGGGCCGGAGGAUUGGCCGCAGGAAGCGUCGGACUUCCAAUGCCAAGCCCAGCGGGUGCGUUCUCCCAGGGCAGCCGGGCCGGCUGAAACAGUGAGGUCCACCGUUCCUGCUAGGUAUCAUAACCCUAGUCGCGCCCUGACCAUAGUAAGAAAGCGCCACUUACGUUGACAUGACAUCUAGGUCGAGAGUAGCUUGGGGGCGGGCAGCGGACAGGAAAUUAAGUUCGGCUCUGACGCAACUGACCCGGUGAAGCAGUUGCUGGCGCAGUGAGUAUUGAGGAAUCACCAGACAGAUUGUUUUCUUCAGGGGUAUUCAAACUUUGUCCUUUAGGCACAGGAGCUUCAUUUCGUUGAACGAGGCUGGGGCCAACUGGACAGCUAGACGGUCUAAAGCUCGAGGCCGUUAAACUAGAGUUAGCCGAUGAGGUUCUAUAUUAGAGACACUACCCCAAGGGUAAUUGCGGCGUAGGAAUUUGUCGAGUGCUAAAACUUGUCGGCGCAGACCCACGCGACACUAUAAAAGGGUCAAGCACUCAACGUGUGGCACAAAGACGGCACAAA